AUGGAUUUGGAUAUCAAUAAUUGGAUGGAACAAGAAGAAGCUUUUCUUGAUCAAUUUAAUCCUCAGAUCCAAUUCAUGUCAAAUUCACCAUCAUCAUCAAUAAUUAUGAAUACUCCAACAAUGACAAAAACUAAUCCUUUACAACGAUCCAUUAUGGAAAUACCAGAAAUGUAUCGAUCAAUCUUCAAAUAUCCUUAUUUCAAUCGAAUGCAAUCAGAAGCUAUGGACAAGGUUCUUUAUACAGAUGAGAAUAUAGUGAUAUCAGCACCUACAGGAACAGGGAAAACAGCCUUAUUGGAAAUGGCUAUGAUUCGAUGUCUUACUCUACAAAAAUCACAUUACCAUGAACAAAGUACAGCAAAAAUGGUUUAUAUGGCACCGACGAAAAGCCUUUGCGCGGAAAAGGUCAAAGAAUGGACUACUACUUUUGGUCCUUUGGGUAUUAUUUGUCAAGAAUUCACUGGUGAUUCUGAUUAUGCUACUGCGGACGCGAUUAAAAACAGCAAUAUCAUGCAAAUUGAUGAAAUUCAUAUUCUUAAAGAUCCACGUGGUGCUACUUUGGAAGUAUGCGUUAGUCGUAUGAAGCCCAUGGAUCAUAACCUGCGUUUCGUAGCAGUAUCAGCUACAGUUCCCAAUGUACAAGAUAUUACCACCUGGCUAAAUGCUACAGCUCUCACCUUCUCUGAAGACUAUCGACCUAUUCGUUUGGAACGCUUUGUUUAUGGCUAUCCUCUUCGAGGUGGAAAUACCUUUGCUUUUGAAAAAUCCUUGGAUUGGAAACUUCUCGAUAUCAUCAACAAACAUAGUGCUAACAAGCCUGUCCUGAUUUUCUGCUCUACACGUGCUUCAACUCAAUCGGCUUGCGAUACAUUAUUGAAACUUAUGGAUCAGCAGGGUAUGGACUCAAGGUGUACCUCUCCAGGAAUCAACACAAACGUCAAAAACAAGAAAUUGGCUCUCUUUGUGCAACGCGGUAUCGGUUUUCAUCAUGCUGGUCUUGACUCUUCUGAUCGCCAUCUGGUGGAAUCAUUAUUUUCAGAUCGUUAUAUUCGCAUUGUGGCAACCACUUCAACACUUGCAGUCGGUGUCAAUCUUCCAGCCCACUUGGUGAUUAUCAAAUCCACAAAAGGGUAUCAGAGCGGUAUGCUGAAAGAAUACACAGAUAUCGAUAUUCUUCAAAUGAUUGGCCGUGCUGGACGACCUGGACUAGAUACUUCGGGAUGUGCGGUGAUUAUGACUACUUCUGAUAUGGAAAACAAAUGCAAAUUACUUGUAUCAUAUCUUUGCAUUAAUAAUAUGAAUCUUCUUGUUCAUCAUGGUUUGGUCAAUGUCACUGGUGAAGGAUCAACUGCAAGUCACUCGGCAACAUAUUAUGGAAGGACGAUGGAUCGAUACUAUAUUCAUCUAAAGACAAUGGUUCUUAUUAUGAAACCUAGAGAUUGGAAUUCUGUGAAGGAUGUGUUAGAGCUGGUCAGUCAAGCCGAGGAAUUCGAAACAAACAGAUAUAGUGCAAAUGAAAAGUCUGUUCUCAAUCACUUGCGUAACAAUUCUGAUGUGCGAUUCCCUUUGAAAAACAAGCUAGCUUGUAUAUCUGACAAAGUAUGUUUGGUUAUUCAGUGCAUCCUAGGGGAUAUCAGUUUAUACCAUCCAACGGCUGGAAAUACUCUAACAACAGAAGGGUAUGAUAUCUUACGAAAAGCAAGUCGGAUAACAAAAUGCAAGUCAAAAAGCAUCAUUGAUUGUGCUGGUUAUGAAAAAAACUCUCUCAAGUUAAAACAUGCCAUUGAUCUCUAUCAAAGUUUACAAGCAAAGAUGUGGUCCACAUCUCCAUUUAUUCUUAGACAAAUUGAAGGCAUUGGUACUCAAAUUGCAAAGACACUCUCACAAAAAAAUAUUUGCAAUUUUGAUCAGUUACGAGAUUGUGAUCCUGGCAGACUUGAAUUGAUACUUCACAGAAACCCACCUUUUGGAACCAAGAUCAAAAGUGCCUUGUCAUCAAUACCUCAUGUCCAUUUGUAUCUGCAACAGAAAUCAAAUCGAAAUUAUCAAGGUCAAUAUCCUACUAUUGAAUUGUCAGUAAAGAUAGAGUCAAUCAAUCGUCUACAAGUCAACAAAACAAUCAAGUUUGGAAAAGGAUUCUAUACGAUCUUAUGGAUUGAAACAAGUACUCAUGUUCUUAUUGACUUUCGUCGCAUUCCUACUCAACAAUUGAUGACUCGACCUUAUGAAUUAUCAUUUCAAGUACAAGUGACUUCUCCUUCAAUGAUGGUCUUAUGUCAUGUACAAAGUGAAGAUUAUGUUGGUGUUGACGUUAUGAGUCAAUUGAAACCUGAUGUGGAUCCAACUCAAUUCAUCACACUUACGGGCACUCCUUUAGCAAUGACAACAUCUGUGUCAGCAGCAACGCAAAGCACUAUAAAAGACGAUACUGAUAGUUUUGGCGAUGAUGAUGAUGAUAUCGGAUCAGAUGUAUGGCAGCGCCUUGUAGAUGUGUUGGAUUAUGAAGAAUCAAAGACAAAAGAAGUUAAGAUACAGUCCAUUUCGUCGGAACACACAAAGCCAUCUAGUACGCAGUACCAAUGUAAACAUCAGUGCAAAGAUAAGCAAAGGUGUAAACAUCCAUGUUGUAAACGUGGACUAUUUCAACCGGAUCAACACAAGAUUACAACCAUGAUGGGAAAUUGUUCAUCUUCCAACAUACUCAACAAAGAUGAUCUAUCUAUGUCUGGUUUGGAUGAGGAUACAAAAGUUGGCAUCAAGCGUGAAACACCUAUCCUUAUCUCUUCUCGAACACCACCACCACCAAUAGUAGCAACAACAAUAACAUCUCACUCUGGAAUUGUAGAUACACUCAAUGAUACUAAACAUGAUGUGAUGGGAAACUCGACUUUACAAAAACAAGCAACCAACAUAUCAACUGACAAUGAUUCCUGGAUACUGAACGACGAUAGUUUCAUUGGCGAUGUAUUAUCCUAUAAGGCCAAGUGCGAUCCAGUACACAACAAUUCAACCCAUCCAGGCAAUAAUAAUAAUAAUGACGAUGAUGAUGAUAACAGCUUCAGCUUUCUCGAUGACAAUCUGUCGUUUAUCACCGAUGACCUUUAUGGAGGCAAACCGCCUUUGAUGGAAGUUGAUCCUAUAGAUUGGCUAUGGCAUGACCUUGGGAAAUUGAUUAGCGACCCCUAUUAUGGAGCAAUGGAACAAGAUAACAAUGAAGAUGAUAGCUUAAUUGAUCUCACUGAACUACCACCUAUUGAAGAAGAACAACCCAGUCCAAAGUCAACAACUCAUUUUGAAAUAUGGAUUCAACAUACAGCAACAUUGACUAAAACAUAG